AUGGAACCUGUGACCCUGGCGGGCGAGAGCCCAGCGAUGCGCCCCGCGAGGUCUUCGUCCCCGCGUGCCCUCCGCGCCCUGCUCCUGGUGGCGUGCGCGCUGGCGUGCGCGCUCGCGUCCAGCACACCUGUUGCAGACCGUACAGAUGUCAAUCGGACAGCAAGGCCUCUACCGCAGCGUUCAUACCCUUCAUCCUCCUCCUCUUCCUCGCCCUCCCGUCCCGAGGGGAGGGGCCCCCCCCACAGCCUCACCUCGGAGGAGGAGGAGGAGGAGGAGGCGGGGGGGGACCCUGACCCCGACCUGGACCCCGACAUGGACCCGGACCUGGGGCCCUCGGGGGCCCAGGGGAUCCACCUGCUGCUGAGGCCCCCGGACCUGCUGUCCCCCAGCCUCCCGCCGCCCCUCCCGCCGCACGGCCAGCCCACCCUCACCCCCCCGCCGCCCUGGGACCACGGCCCCUCCUCCCUGGAGGAGGGCUGGGGCUCCGGGGACUACCUGGAGACCCUGUCCUUCAUGGUCCCCGACGGCGAGGAGCUGGCCCCCGCCACGCCGCUGCCCGAGCACCGCUACGACGACGGCGGCGACGCCAGCGACUGGCUCUCCUACGACACCUCCUUCCCCUCGCGGCCCACGCUGCCGCUGUCCUCCCGCCUGCCCCUCCUCUCCCCGUCCUCCUCCUCCUCCUCCUCUUCCUCUUCCUCCUCGACGCGGCGGCCGGGGGGCCCCGACCUGCUGCCCGCCUGGGAGGACGAGGAGGAGUACGACCCCGACGACCUGCUGCCGCUGGAGCCCACGGAGCUGCUGCUGCCCGACAUGAACAGCCUGGAGUACUACAGCAACCUGCAGGCCCGCGAGAGGGACGAGAGGCACCGCGAGCUGGAGAGGGAGAGGCACCGCGAGAGGGACGAGAGGCACCGCGAGAGGGAGAGGGAGAGGGAUCACCGCACGGCCACGGCCGCCGGCAUUGCGCCGACGGCCACGCAGACGGCCGAGCACCCCUCCACGCGCACGGAAACCCCCCCGCACGUGGACGCCCCCCCGCCUCCUAGCCGUCCGUCCCCCCCGAGCUCGGAGGCGAGGUCGCCGUCGCCGCCGCCACCGUCGGGACGGGAGACGCCCAAGGGCCCCCCCAUGGAGCCCACCCCUCCGCUGGCCGUCGCCCCCACGCUGGGGGGCGGCCGGGACGGCGCCCCCACCCCGGCGCUCGCCACCACGCCGGUCCGGACGCCGGUCACCCCCCCGCAGCCCCGAGACCCCCCACUGGGGCGGCCCGACGAGGAGGCGCGGCCCCCGUCCAACACGACCAGCGUGGCGCUCCUCCCGCCCGGGGCCCCGCCCCAGAGACCCGGACACGCCCCCAAGGCGGAGCCGGAGCCCGACGCGGUGAAACCGCACCUCGUGACGCGCUUCACCCCCACCGAAAAACCCACCACCACCACCGCCGCCGCCAAAAGCACCACGGUCGGGACCACCACUGCCAAACCCACCACCUCCACCACCACCACCACCUCCACCACCACUGCCAAACCAGUCACCACCACCUUGCGGGCCAAUGUGAUCAGCGUCACCCGCGCCCCGCCCGUCACCACGCCCCGGGCGGGGCAGACUCCGCCCACCAGGCAGUACCUGUGCAACGCCACCAAGCCCGAGAUGUACCUGGUCCGAGUGGUGAGCUCCAAGGGUCCCUCGUCUGGGUUCAACCAGGUCAGGGACCUACUGAAGAGGGAGUUCAACCGCUCCGUGGAACUGCAGUUCCUGCGGACCCCGUCCAGCUUUGCCUUCCGGGCCGUGUCGGGGCCCCUGAUCUUCACCGCCAUGUCGGUGCUCAACGCCCUGCGGCAGCCGGCCCGGGGGGGCCCGGGGGGGCCCCUGCCGGGGGUCCAGCCCCUCUACAGCGUCCCGGACCUCCGGCACCAGGUGCACUCGGUGCUGCAGUUCGUCCCGGGACACGUGGACGUGCGGCUCUGCAACUUCAGCGAGCGCGUGGAGCGAGGGCUGCUGCUGGCCUACGCCGAGACCCGUCGGCGGGCCCAUGAGCAAGGCAACGUCACCGUGCAGCUGCUGAACAUCACGAUGGGCCCCCGGUCGGCGGUGAACCUGAAGGUCCCGGUGGACAUCACCUUCGCCGUGCGCGACGCCCGCGGCUUCCUGACGGGGUCAGAGGUCAGCCAGCACCUCAGGAAGCUCAGCGAGGUGGAGUUCAGCUUCUACCUGGGCUACCCCGCCAUGCAGAUAGCAGAGCCCUUCCUGUACCCUGAGCUGAACACUUCCCACCAUCUGCGCUCCACAUGGGUCCGCACAGUGCUGCUGGGGGUGGGCGACCAGCUGCUGACGGAGCGGAGCUUCAGGGCGCGUCUGGAACGGCGUCUGGCCCUGCUGCUGGAGGAGGGGCUGGGGGAGAGGGCCCGGCGACGCUGGAGGAGGUCCACCGCGGUGGGCAACAGCAGCCUCCAGGUGGUGCGUAUCGCCCGGCUCUCGGGCCCCGAGCGGCCCCUGGAGGUGCUGUACUUCGUGGAGGGGCCCGGCGGGGCGCGGGUCCCGGCCGAGGCCACGGCCGCCACGCUGAACCGGCUGGACCUGCAGCGGGCCGCCAUCGUCCUGGGGCACCGCAUGCAGCGGCCCCUGGCCCAACCCGUGGAGACGGUGUCGGUGCCGCCGUCGGAGACGCAGAGCAGCAGCGUGUGGCUGAUCGUGGGCGUGGUGGUGCCCGUGCUCCUGGCCCUCUUCAUCAUCAUCAUCCUCUACUGGAAGAUGUGCGGCUCGGAGAAGCUGGAGUUCCAGCCAGACGCCAUCAACACCAUCCAGCAGAGGCAGAAGCUGCAGGCUCCGAGCGUGAAGGGCUUCGACUUCGCCAAGCUGCAUCUGGGUCAGCACAGCAAGGAUGACAUCAUGGUCAUCCAGGAGCCGGGGGCCGCGCCCGCCCCUGCCAAGGAGCCCGCCCCCUCGGAGGGGGGGGACCCCAACACCCCCAAGUCCAAGGGCUCCUCCUCCACCAAGGUGGCCCGCUCCAGCCGGCGCCGCGGAAGGAUGACCCCGUCAGACGGAGACUCGCUGGGCAGCGACCAAUCGAGUGGCAGGGAAUCGGCAGAGGAGAGCACCCGGCCCGUGGCCACGCCCAGCGAGGCCAAGCAGCACCGCAAGACGGCCAAGAACGGCAAGAGAGGCUCCGUUAAACCCGCCCCCUCAGGCAGCGGCCCCGACGAGCUGCUCUCCUCCUCGUCCAUCUUCGACCACGUGGACCGCCAGUCGCGGGGGUCCGGCGACGGCACGCGUCGCCAGGCCAACAAGGUGCAGCUGAUCGCCAUGCAGCCGCGACACAGCCCCCCCACCGCCCACCCCCCCGCCCAGCCCAGCCCCACCCUCACAGAGAGGGUCAACACUGAGGUGGCGCUGCGGCACAAGUCCGAGAUCGAGCACCACCGCAACAAGCUGCGUCAGCGCGCCAAGCGCCGCGGCCAGUGCGAGUUCCCGUCCAUGGACGACAUCCUGGACGCCUUCGGGGACGCCGAGGCGCAGGACGUGGCCCCGCAGCGGCUCUAUAGCUCCGCCCACGACCACAUGGACCGCAUGCUGCACCACGACGGCGCCUCGCCGCCCAGCCCCGGGGAGUCCCGCAAGAGAGGGAGGCGCUCUCCGCGGGUGCGGCGGGCUCAGCCAGGAAACGGCAGUCUUCCCGACACGGACCGGGACCGCCUGCUGACGGACGGGAACGCCACCUACAGGAAGUACCCCGGCCUCAACAACGUGGCCUACAUGUCGGACCCUGACCUGGCCCCGUCCCACGGGAGCCCCUCCCCCACCGACGAGGUGUUUGACUCGGCGCUGCCCCCGCCCCCCUACCUGCCACCCCAGCCCUCCAUCGAGGAGGCGCGGCAACAGAUGCACUCGCUGCUGGACGACGCCUUCGCUCUCGUCUCCCCCUCCUCCCUGCAGGGCAGCGUGGGCGUGGCCGGGAUAAGCCCCGCCCUCCCGCCCAGCCCCUCCCCUCAGGGCAGACCCCCGGGCCGACAGUGGGGGUCCUACCCGGCGCACAGCCCCUUCUCCGCCAGGUACGCUGAGCUGGGCAUGUCUCCGUCGUCGGUCCAAGGCCUGAUGCAGAGGCAGGGCCUGGGGCUGGGCGGGGCGUACGUGUCGGCCAGCGAGCAGAUGCAGGAGUCUGUGUACGGCGGCAGGGGGCCCUACGAUGACCCGCCGUCGUCCUCCCGACCCCGGCCAGUAGGGGGCAGCGCAGGCGCCCAGCUGCACCACCUGACCCAGGUGGGUCUGUCCAGUCAGAUCGGGGCGUACCCCGGGGUGGGCCGCAGCGUGUCGGGGCCCACCGGGUCCAGCUGGAACCACCAGCACCCGGACCACGACCCCCCCGGGUCCAGCAGGGAGAGCGUGCUGUCCUUCCCAGAGUUCACCUCCUCCUCGGUGUUCCAGAUGCCCAGCUCCUCGCUGCAUGACCCCUCGUCGGCCCCGCCCCUCCUGCUGACCUCGCCCACCCCGGAGUACCCCCCCGAGGACGCCUCCCCCUCCGCCCAUAGCUCCGCCUCCCUCAUCAAGGCCAUCAGGGAGGAGCUACGCCGCUUGGCCCAGAAACAGGCCUCCGUGUCCAGCUACCCCUAG